UGAUUAUAAAAUUUAAUAUUCCGAAAGAAUUUAUGUUAAUGACAUCUUAACCAGUAAUUGUGUGAAUACUACAAUAUCAGAAAGCAAGAUCAACAUUAGUGUGCUGUAUGCUAUAUAUAUAUAGAUAUUACAAUUAAUGUUGAUGUCAUUGUAUGUAUAAAAUGACAUUACCAAGGAAGAGAAUAUUUGUUACUGUUGGUACAACUAAUUUUGAUGAAUUAAUUGAAACUGUUCUUAGUUCAGACAUUUUAGAGGCAUUGUCAUCAAAGGGAUACAAUGAGCUAAUUUUGCAAAUUGGCAAGAGUUCACUUGCACCAGAUUGUAUACCACGCAAUGGUUUCAUUAAAAUAGAAUACUUUAAUUUAAAUCCAAAUAUACUGAAGUAUGUAAAAACUGCAGACUUAAUCAUAAGUCAUGCAGGAGCAGGAAGCAUUCUUGAUGCUCUGGAGAACAAGAAAAAUUUGAUUGUAGUUGCAAAUGAAAGUUUGAUGCAUAAUCAUCAACUGGAGUUAGCAGAGCAACUUUACAUGGAUAAAUAUUUAUAUUACAGUACCUGUUCAACAUUGUUAAAUGUUAUCCAAAAUAUGGACUUCUCCAAAUUGAAACCUUAUGUUAACAAUAACAGCGAAUUUAUUGCUAAAUACAUAAAUCAAAUAAUGGGCGUUUCGAAUGAGAAAUGA